CUGCGCGGCGCCGUGGCCGACCUGGUCAGGCGCGGCGGCAAGGGCAUGUGCCCCGGCGCGGAUGCCGACUUUGAGGCGAUGCUGAUCGAGCUCCAGACGCCGACCAUUGCGAUGGGGGACCGCCGCCGGACCGUGUGCGCGUGCGCCGCCAAGGACGGGUCCCAGAACUGGCGGCACUUUAACGUCUGGCGGGACUAUGCGGAUGGUAAUGACGAGGACCAAGAUGCGGCGGCGGGGUGGAAGGGCAAGGGGUGCAGGGCGAUCCCGCCGCUCGUCAAUCACCCGGUCCGCAGGACGGACGGGCCGGACGCGCUGGAGCAGCUGAAAGGGUGGCUGGCCAUCUGCGACGCCGAGCACGGCUGUGUGCCGUCGCAGGGCUCGCGGGCGCCCACGAGGCUGGUCAAGGUCGCCGGCGGGCGGGUGCGCGUCGUCGAGGACGUGGCGGGCGAGCUGGUCCAGUACACCACCCUCAGUCACCGGUGGGGCAACAACGAGCAGUUCACCCUGACCCGCGGGAAGAAAGCAGAGAUGAUGGAAACGGACAUACCGUGGGACUCGAUACCCAGGACGUACCGGGACGCCAUCGAGGUCACGAGGGGCCUGGGUGUCGACUACAUCUGGAUUGACACCAUGUGCAUCGUGCAGGACGACGCCGAGGACUGGCGGCGCGAGAGCGGCCGUAUGAAGGCCGUGUAUGGUGGCUCGUUUUUGAACAUCGCGGCCGUGUGCGCGGCGGGCUCGCAUGGCGGUCUUUUCGCGAGCAGCAAGCUCGUUGAGGAUUUUGUCACGCACGAUGUAGCAGAGGAAGUAGAAGGAGAAGGAGAAGAUACAAUGCAGGAAGAUCAAGGAGACGGAGCAGGAGGAAGCACGGCCACCGUGCUCCAGAAGGGAACCCUGCGCAUCCGCCAGCAGCCGCACUUCACACAUACCUCGUACGGGAGCAACUACAGGACCAACUCAUUCCUCCUCGGCCGCGGCUGGGUCCUCCAGGAGCGCCUGCUGGCCCCGCGCGUUGUGUACUACGAUCAGGACGAGCUCAAGUGGGAGUGCUACGGCGGGACGGACUGCCUGUGCGGCGGGAUGCUCGUCAUCGCCAACUUCAGCACCGAAUACCGCGACAGCCUGGGCAUGUUCAAGGGCUCGCGGCAUAAGAGGGCCCUCGGCGGCGGCGGCGAUGAGACAGAGGAGGACGGCAACUCGAAGCCCCUGCCCAUACAGUGGAUGCGCAUCGCGGAGCGGUACUCGCAGGCCCAGCUCUCGUUCGACUCGGACCGCAUGAUCGCGCUCGCGGGCAUCGCCGAGCAGGCCUUGCGCACGGGCAGGGGGGGCAAGUACCUCGCGGGCCACUGGGAAAAGGACCUCGCGCACCAGCUGUGCUGGGAGGUGCGUGGCACGCACCGCCGGCCGGCGUCCAUGUACAUUGCGCCGACGUGGUCGUGGAUGUCCAUCUUUGGGUCCAUCGGGUUCUCAAACAGGAUGGACUAUCAGUGCUGGGGGUCGACCAUAUCCGCGCGGAUCACGCAAGCAGAGUGUGUCCUGGCCGACGAGUCGAGGGAGACGGGUCCCGUGACGGACGGGUUCAUCAGGGUCGACGGCAAAGUCGUCGAGUUUGACGCCCGGAUGACCGAUGCUGGGUCUGCCUCUGUGCCGCAGACCUUUGGCCUUACGCACAGACAGAGCGAGACGAUGCUGAAAUAUGGCAUCGAGGUGGACUACAUCAUGAGUGAGAAACAGGUCAGCACGGUGGACAAGCUCUUCUUCCUGUACUGGGGGCAGAUGUGGCCACACAGGGAGACCUUUCUCGUGCUCCGCCGAGCUGAGGAUGGAAAGAAACAUCCGGGCAAGUUCGAGAGGAUUGGUAUCAUAUGGUAUGAGGGAGAUUCUGGCCAACACGAGUUCAGCCAGCUCAUGGACUGGGCCGAGAUGAAAACAGACAUUGUUAUCGUCUGAUCAUGUGGAGCGCAUUCGAAAAAUACUGCUUGGCGCGUGAUGGGAUAUGCGGACAGCCGGGCCCAGCCCCCCUUUUCUUUUUUUGGAAGAGCGCGAUACGUGGAAUGCUUUGUAUUGAAGUUCAAACAUUCCAGCCAAGUCCGGUUCAUUACAUCGUCUGUAUCAGGAAUGACAAUUCGGGCGAUCGAGAACAAAUGUAAAGUAACGACAAUGGAAUAAAUCGAUAGUCUAGGGACGUGGAUGAUGAAGGCCUGGAAAAUAGAUGAAAUCAGGCCAAGGCUGAUGAAUUCCUAUGUCCAGGGGAUUGUGUAGACAAAUAAGCCAGGCUUGAGAAGAACUAGAGGUCCGCGCUUGG